CACGCGCUUGAGUUUUGAAUUCUCCGAGUUCACUGUCCCUGAGCACACAGCGCGCGAGCUCGGAGCGUCAGCGUGAGACGGAUCCGCCUUAAACCGGUCUCAGUGAGCGCGCGCGGAGCGGAUUACACACCCGUCUGCCUGUCGCGCGCGCGGGUGAGAUGUGUGACCCGGAUGAAGUGGCCCGGAUGUGCUCUGAGCGCUACACGGCGCUGCCGCGGAGAGGGAAACCGGAAGGAGGUCGUGAGUGGACGCAGCUCGCGGCGGUGAUUCAGGUCACGCGCUGUCCGGAUACACACACCGUGCUGAAGGAGGUGGUGGCUUUGGGGACGGGAACCAAGUGCAUCGGACGCAGUGCCAUGAGCCCCAAAGGUGACGUCCUGAAUGACAGCCACGCGGAGGUGAUCGCCCGGAGGAGCUGUGUACGGUACCUGAUGGAGCAGCUGGGUGUGGUGAUGGGAGGUGGUCACAGCUCUGUGUUCUGUCGUGCUGAUCAGACGGGGAAGUGGAGGAUUCGUCCUGACGUCUCCUUCCUGUUCUUCUGCAGUCACACGCCAUGUGGAGACGCCUCCAUCAUCCCCAUGACGGAGAGCCAGGCUCAGCCGUGCCCACCAGUCCCACGAGUCAGUCACGAGCCGGAGCAGCGAGACAGGAAGCGGUGCGCUGAGAGUGAGACAGGUGGAGUGAAGAAACGUGUCAGAGUGGACGGACAGCAGGAUGCUGGUGAUGAUCCCUGCAGUGUCAAGGGUGGAGAGGAGAACCGAGCGGGUGUAGAUUUGGGAAGUGAGUGUGAGGUGAGCUCAGGUGAGCAGGUGUGUGAUGUGCACCGCACCGGGGCGAAGUGUGUUCCCGGGGCACCGAGUGACCCACACGGUCCGGGGCUGGACUUCCACACGGUGGGCACUCUGCGGGUGAAACCGGGCCGCGGAGAACCCACGCUCUCACUCUCCUGCAGCGACAAACUGAGCCGCUGGUGCAUCCUCGGCUUCCAGGGGGCGCUGCUGAGCCACUUCUUACAGGAGGGCGUGUACUUCAGUGCCGUGGUGGUGGGGAAGUGUCCUUACAGCCCAUAUGCCCUCCACCGGGCCAUCAGCAGAUGUGCGAGUGUGACGGAUCUGCCAGAUGGAUUCUCUCCACACACUCCUGAGCUCCUGCAGUCCAGUGUGGAGUUCACACACGGCCGCACACACACACUGCAAUCCCAUGAUGCCUCACAGCAGGGCCGUGUGGUGCCAUGUGGAGCCGCCAUAAGCUGGUGUAGUGUCUCCUCUCAGCCUCUGGACGUCACUGCUAACGGCUACAAGCAGGGCGUGACAAAGAAAUCUCUGGGAACGCCCCAGGCUCGAUCGUUAAUCAGUAAGGUGGAGCUUUUUCACUCCUUCCUUAAGUUGCUGGAGUUAACAGAUGACUCCGAGCUUCCUGCCUCCCUCAGGGGAAAAGAUCUGAAUUCAUACUGGGACUAUAAAGUAGCGGCGGAUGAAUACCAGAAGGCGUGGACCGCACUACGCACUCAAGUGUUCACUCUGUGGCCUCAAAGCCCUCGACAUCUGCUGCACUUCACCUGACACACACACACGGUGUGUGAUAUAGUACCAGUUCUCAGCUUAAAAACUCCAGAAUGUUUUUGAAGAACCAGUGGUGUUGGUGGUGUGGAUGUUACUUCGUCUCCAUGACGACAGCUCACCAUUAAAACAGUGUGAACAUUUUGGAACUGGUAAACAUUGCAUUGUUAAAAAAAAGGGGGAGUGGUUAAUAUUAAAAUGGUGUAUUGUGCAUUUGGACACACCCACAUUUUAUGAUGUCUCAGUUCUGCUUUUAAACUGAGGAAAUGAUAAACUUUCAGGAAAAAAGAAAAAGUUUGCAGGUUUUCUGAACAGCACCAGUGUGUCUGUGUCAGUGGAUGAGGUCAGAGGUCAUGACCCCCUUCCCUGCUGGCAGUGUGGUGUUCAAUGAACUGCAAGAGACAAACAAAAAAAAAUUCCUGUUCCUGUUUUUAUUGGUUCGGUCUUCCAGCUACCUUACCGUUUACAUCACGCUCUUGAAUACAGAUAAUAUAUAUUUAUUUAUACAGGGGUCAAUAAAAUUAAACGUCUAAAAGUGAUUAAUAUUCAUUAAGAUCAUAAUAAUGUAGAUCGUCAUGGCAGCACCUCUGAUUACAUCAUCAUCCUCAUCAUCAUCUCCUCCUCACUCACACAGAUAUGUUAAUGCUACCACAGUCGGGACACACACACACACACACACACACACUCGCACAAUUUAUUCAUUAUUAAUCAAACACACUCAUCCAGAAGAAAACAGAAGUGGGCGGGACUUUAAAAUCCAAACGUGUUCUCUCCGCUGUAGGCCACGUACAGGAAGCCGUCCUCGUCCUUCUCCUUCUCGUAUAGCUGUCCCAUAGUCAGACUGCGCGCGCACACAUACACAUUAUAGUUAUAGUGAUAUAUCACAGUGUGUGUAUCAGAGAAACCAAAAAUGCUUAACAGAUUUCCAUUUAUUUUUACAUAACAUUUGCAUAUUUAAACGUGAAUAUUUAACAUGCCAUAAUGUUUUUUGUUACUUUAAUAAACCUGUUUUUCUAAACGA